AAUGAGUGCUUGUUGAAUGGAGGCAACAAGUGCUUAUGUAGAAACCAAAAGUGUAUUUUAAUAGAUGAAUUUUGUUCUUAAAUGUAUUUCUGUUAUCAACAUCCAAAUUAAUUGUUUCUUUUUCUAAAGCUUCCUUCAACUUGAAAGGAUGGCAGAAGCAGAUUCUGUUUUAAUGGCUAAAAUCUUUUACUAUGGCCACCACAAGUAUUUUGGUUGCUUUGAAACAACUGUCACCAAUGGUCUUACCAAAUAUAACAAUGAUCCUAUUCUGAAGUUCUACAAAGCUCUGGCCCCGCUUCUACAAGGUCGGGUUCCAGAAAGUAUGCAUGCCUUUCAACAACUGAAAGACAAGGUAGACGUUAAUUUGGGUUCAAUCCUGGCUCUAAUUUAUGGUUACAAGAAGUUAAAGAAUAAUAAUCGUGAAGAACUACAAGAACUUGACCGAAAACUAAAAGAGGAAAGAAAGCAGGCUGGUGAAAGGAGUCUUUUUUAUGCUGGAACUUUGCUGUUCUUGAUUGAAAAAUAUGAUAAAUCAAAAGAAUAUCUUGACAGAGCACUAAAGCUGAAUGAACAAAAUAAGCAGUCUUUAGCACUAAAAGGUUGGUUAGAACUGGAAUCUGGCAAAGACCCACAUGGUAAAAGGGCUUUCAAAUAUUUUGAUGAAAUUACUCGAAUGUCUGAUGGUGCUAAUGAGGUCAAUGCCUUUUUAGGUUUGAUUCGAUGUUUUAUGGCCCGCUGCAGCUUCAAUAAGGCAUUAGAAAUUGCUAAUCAGCUCAUUGUUGGUCGUUCUGACUUUCUUCCAGCCCUAGAGGAAAAAAUGAAGAUACAACUAGCGUUGAAAGACUGGGAUCAAGCAGUAGAAACUGCAUAUCUGGCUCUAGAUAUAGAUCAGUUCAAUAUUGAAGCAUUAACCAUAAUUACUCUCUAUCAUCUGUGUUGUUUAGGAGACUAUAACGAAGCUUCAGGAUAUCUUGAGAGGUUGCUGAAUAGCUUGAAUAAAGUUGAACAGUCAAGCUACUCCAUAUACCAUAAGAGGGCAUCACUUUUCUCCCGAAUUUGUGGCCGCAAUGAAUUGAUUCUACAACACACACAUACAUUAGCCCAGUGCUCUGUUGAAGAAGGUAACUGCAAUGCUGAAUACAUGAGGGAAGUAGCUUACCAGUUUCUUCUAAGUGGAAAAAUCAAAGAAGCUAUGGAAAAUUACAAAGAGACAAUUAAGCUGGAUGAAACCCACCUACCUGCAGUCACUGGUAUAAUUGAAUGCCAAUUGCUUAUGGAUAAGAUAGAAGAUGCAUCUCAUCAGCUGGAGUUUCUUAAUGAGAUUCAAAUGAGUAUCGGUCACACUGCUGAGUUGUACUAUUUGAGUGCUGUUCUUGGGAAAAAGAAACAGAACAAAGAAGACAAUACCAUUGUGUUGUUAAAUGAAGCUGUUAAUAAACACUUCUCAACUUUCAAGACUCUUUAUCUUAGCUAUGAAUAUUUCAUUAAAUUGAACCCUGAUUUUCUUAUUCAAAUAACAAAUGACUAUUUGGAUUAUGGACCUCAACAGCCAAGCCAGUAUGGUCAACCUCUCGAUCCUAUUCUCAAGAAAUGUUUGCAAAUUUUGGACCCAGUUACCAAAAUGUUACCUGGUUUGUUUAAAGGGGUCUAUCUAUUGGCAAAAGUGAAAUAUCUAUGUGGAGACUUUGAAGCUGCUCAAGCUACACUCCAGCACUGCUUAGAUCAAGACCAGUCUCUCUCUAGUGCUCAUAUUUUAAUGGCACAGAUUCAUUUACAUUUAAACAACUUUAAACUUGCUUCACAAUCUCUUGAAUUUGGACUCAGUCAUAACUUUCAGGUUCGAGACCAUCCUAUAUAUCAUUUAAUUAGAGCAAGAAUACAGAAAAAGCAAGGAGAGUUAUCUGAUGCUUUAGAGACUUUAAAAUUUGCUAUGAAUCUUCCAGGAAUGAAGACAUCUGACAAAGUGACCAAUAAAGAGAAGAACCAAAUUUCUGUAAAUGAUAAAGUAUCUGUCUUUCUGGAACUUGCUGACACACACAAGCUUCUUGGUGAACAGCAUGAAGCAACUAAAGUAAUGCAAGAUGCAAUAAAUGAAUUUCAAGGCACACCUGAAGAAGUAAGAAUCACAAUCGCUAAUGUUGACCUGGCUUUAGCUCGUGGUGAUAUUGAAAUGGCAGUUGGUACCCUCAGAAAUGUUGGUUCUGAGCAGCAGUACUUCAUACAAGCCAGGGAGAAAAUGGCAGAUAUCUAUCUGAACUACAGAAAAAACAAGACACUUUAUGCCAACUGUUAUCGAGAAUUGGCCGAAAGAAAGCCUAGUGUUCACACUUCUUUAUUACUUGGUGAUGCUUAUAUGAGUAUUCAAGAGCCUGACAAAGCAAUAGAUAUUUAUGAAGAGGCACUGAAAAUGAAUCCAAAGGACACAACUCUUGCACAUAAGAUUGGCAAAGCUUUGGUGAAAACUCAUCAGUAUGGAAAGGCUGUGACUUAUUAUGAAGCGGCAAUCCGAUCUGGAAAUCAGAGUCAGUUUUGCAUUGAUCUUGCUGAACUGCUGUUUCGUUUGAAACAAUAUGACAAAUCAGAGAAGAUACUUAAGCAUGUGUUAGAAGAAGAUAUAUUAUAUUCUGAUUUGGAUACCAUGAUUAUACAUGCUAAUUGUAUGGCUCUCUUGGCCAGACUAUACCAACAAAUACACUGCAAUGAAGCGGCAAUGUUAUAUUUCUCUAAAGCUAAAGAUCUGCAAAUAAAAAUUUAUCAAAGGAUUCAAACUGAACAACCUGAUGCUGUAGCUUCUCAAAAACAAACUAUUACAAAAAUUUGUUGUGAAUUAGCUAAACAUUCAUUUGUGAUGCAGGAGAGUGACAGAGCAAUGUCAUUCUAUAACGAAGCACUUACUUUUAAUGAUGGAGAUGUGGAGGUUAUGCUGGAGUUAGCUAAAGUUUAUCUUGUGUCUGGAGACUUGGACAGCUGUCAAUCACAGUGCUUAUCAUUGUUAAAAAAAGACAAGGACAAUGUUGCAGCAAUUAUGAUGCUUUCAAAUGUAUAUUUUUAUAAAAAUUCAUUUGAAGAGGCCAUCAAACAUUAUAAGCAGCUGCUGGAGAAGAAACCAGAUAAUUAUGAAGUUCUUGCUAAACUUAUUGAUGCUAUGAAAUGCAAUGGGCAACUUGAUGAAGUGCCAAAGUUCCUGGAGUCUAUGAAAGAGGCUUUCACAUGUGCAAAAAUGGAAGCUGGUUACUAUUUUUGUCAUGGUCUCUAUAAUCGAUUAAUCAGUUCUUCUACAAUUGCUUUAAAAAGCUUCAACAUGGCUCGCAAAGAUACAACAUGGAGUAAUUCUGCCCUUUACAACAUGGUAGAGAUAUGUCUUAAUCCUGACAGUGACACAAUUGGAGGAGAAGUCUUUGAGUCGGUGGAUAACAGUGAUGGUUAUGAUCAGCAGAGAACAAACAAUGAACGGGUGGCUCUCAGGACUGCUGAAAAGCUGCUGAAGGAGGUGAAGCCACAAGAAGAUAACACACAAUUACAGAUAAUGAAGAACAUGGUGCUAGUGAGUACCAAAAAUAAAGCAAAUGUCGAGAAAGCUUUGAUGAAUUUCAUGGAAAUUGUCUCUACCUAUAAUGAUAAUGUUGGUGCUCUCUAUGGAAUGGCCACCGCUUACAUGGUUCAGAAGCAAGUCCCCAAAGCUAGGAAUCAACUAAAACGUAUUGCGAAAUUAAACUGGGCUUGUGAGAAUGCUGAAAUUAUGGAAAAAAGCUGGCUUCUUCUAGCAGAUAUUCAUAUUCAGUCUGGCAAAUAUGAUAUGGCUCAAGAGUUACUGAAGAAAUGUUUGACCCAUAAUAAAAGUUGCUGUAAAGCCUAUGAAUAUUCUGGUUUCAUUAUGGAGAAAGAACAGUCCCAUAAGGAUGCUGCUGAAUACUAUGAAAAAGCCUGGAUCCAUGGCAGAAAAAACAACCCAGUCAUUGGUAUGUAGUAUGUUGCUCUUGAU